AUGUUAGAAAAAUCUAAGGCUAAUGGGAAAGGUUUCAUCAAUGAAAUUUCAUCUAUUGGAAGGAUUUGCCGUGUCAAUGUGGUGCAAAUCGUUGGCUUUUGUGUUGAGGGAUCAAAUCAUGCUCUUAUUGAUGAAUAUCUUUUUUCUCAAGAAGGAAUUACCUCCUUAGAUUGGAAGACAAUGUGUGAAAUCUCAUGUGGAGUGGCUUGUGGUAUCAAAUAUCCUCAUCGAGGAUGCAACAUGCAAAUUCUGCAUUUUAAUAUUAAGGCACGCAACAUUCUUUUGAAUGAGAAUUUUAUCCCAAAGGUUUCUGAUUUUGGGCUUGCAAGGUUAUGCCCAUUAGAUAAUAACAUCGUGACUCUAACUGUAGUGAGAGGAACCACGGGAUACAUAGCUCUGCUGUUUUACAAAAACAUUGGAGGAGAGUUUCUAACAAAGUGGAUGUUUAUAGUUUUGGAAUGUUAUUGA